CCAUCACUUUGAUGUAGCGUACCUAACUUCUUUAUUUUUAUGUCAAAAAUAAUAGAACAAAAUAGGUGCAAUCAAGGACUAUUUUCUUCAAUUCAUUUUGAUUAUCUACACAUUUCAUAAAGCUAGCCUAUAUUAGUAUUUUGGUUGUUCUAUAAUUAAUAUUUCUAUUAUUUUCUUUGUUUCAUUAUAUUUGUAACUCAAAAUAAGAUAUUUUCUCAUUUAACAUUUUACUAUCAGUUACAACUAUUUUGUAACGGGUAAUAUUAUUAAGUUUAUUUCUCAAUUCCAAGUCCAUAUUAUAAAAACAAUAAAAAAACAAAAUUCUGAAACCGGAUAAGGGUAACCGAUUCAGAGUCAUGCCCACGUGUCUAGUCCGUGCUAGGACAAUCCAAGAAUAAAAAAGGCAAAAACCCUAACACUCACCGACACGUGUCAGUUACUCACUCCUCCUUCCAAAUCCUAAACCCUUUUCCUCUACAACUCUACUCCCUACUCUUCCUUCCACCAUUUCUGCCUUCUCCACUGUCUUUCCAUCAACCCACCAAGAAAAAACAAGAAAUUCACAUCAAAUAUAUUAUUAAAUGAAAUAAUGAUAAAAAUACUUACCUUUUCUGAAAAGAUGAUUAAAAUCUUGAGUUUCCAUCCCAAAAAUCGGUAAGAAUUACAUAAACCCAUUUGAUUGUUCUUUUUUUCUUACCAUUUCGAACCCUUUUUUGUCUGAUAAAUAAUGCUUGAUCUUUUCCCUGUUCUUCUCUUUCGUUCUAAAAUCUGGGUUAAGAAACGAAAAAAAUCCCAUUUCACUCCUUAAAACUAUUUUAAAUCCCCUUUUUUGAAUUUUUUGUUGAUUUGUCUUCAUCAAUUAGAUUAAUCUAACUUUCCCCUGUUUGAAUCAAACCCAAUCAUUGUAAUUACCUCUAAUCUCCUUUUUUUUGUCCUCUUUCUGGGUUUUUCUUUUUUGUUUGAUUUGAUUUGAUUAAUUUUUGUAUAUAAAUCUCUAGAACUAACCCCAAAAAAUCCCAAAAAGAUUGGUAAUAUUGCAAGUAUGAGUUUAGGUACAGCAGAGAAAGAAAGCAAGGAAGAAAUCCACAUCCCAGCUGAUAUUAAUUGGGAAAUGUUAGACAAAUCGAAGUUCUUCAUUCUUGGUGCUGGUUUAUUUUCUGGUGUAUCUGCUGCUUUAUACCCAGCUGUGGUCUUAAAGACUAGGCAACAAGUGGGCAACCACCCGCCACGAACCGGCAGUUUCAGAACUUCUAUAACCAUCGUUCGGAGCGAGGGAUUCCGAGCUCUGUAUCGAGGGUUCGGAACCUCCUUGAUGGGAACCAUCCCGGCCAGGGCUCUCUACAUGACCGCCUUGGAGGUAACCAAAAGUAGUGUGGGCUCCACUACUAUCCGUCUUGGUGUAGCGGAGCCCACAGCUGCCGCUAUAGCCAAUGCUGCUGCUGGGGUUUCUGCAGCUGUGGCAGCUCAACUGGUGUGGACCCCAGUUGAUGUUGUAACCCAGAGACUGAUGGUUCAGAAUACUAGGAAUUGUAUUGGGAAUAUGAAAUAUGCAAAUGGGAUUGAGGGGUUCAAACAAAUAAUCAAAACCGAUGGAUUGAGAGGAUUAUAUAGAGGUUUUGGGAUUUCUAUAUUGACAUAUGCACCUUCAAAUGCAGUUUGGUGGGCUUCUUACUCUGUUGCACAACGUUUAAUCUGGGGUGGAAUUGGGUGUUACUUCUGUAAACGUGAUAAUGAUCCUUAUAAACCCGAUUCGAAGAUGGUGAUGGUGGUUCAAGGUAUGAGUGCAGCCAUAGCCGGUGGCGCUUCCGCCUUGAUCACAAUGCCAUUAGACACCAUCAAGACAAGGCUGCAAGUUUUAGACAGUGAGGAGAAUGGGCGUGGUAAGGGACCAACUGUGGCUCAAACCUUACGGAACUUGGUCCGUGAAGGCGGUUGGACAGCCUGUUACCGUGGUCUAGGGCCGCGGUGGGCUUCCAUGUCCAUAUCUGCUACCACCAUGAUCACUACUUAUGAGUUUCUUAAGAGAUUAUCAGCUAAAAAUCAAGUGGGUGUGACAUAGUUUUAGGUCAAUAUACAGGGGAAUUAUCAAAUAUGGAAAGUAUGAAUGGUAGAGAUCAAAUGUAAUGAAGUGAAAUAAGUUUUUUUUUUAGUAGUUUUUAUGACUCAAAGAUCUCCUUGUUCAAAGAAUGUUCAAUUUUUUUAAGAGGGGAUUUGGAAUUUUGAUGAAUGUAAUGCUCUAAUUACUUCAUACUCCAUAUUUAUGCUUCUUUUUUAUAAUUAUUAGGCUUAUAUUAAUCAUUGUUUAGAUUGAAUUGUCCUAAUCUGGUUUUGUUGAUUUAGAUAAGAUAUUUGUUUGAUGAAUUGUCCUAGUCGAGGUUUUUAUUGAUUAUAAACUUCUUAUUUCUUU